GUAGAAAUGAAAUAUUUGCCAUGCAGCCUGCACCCAUUCAGGUAUCGUACAUAGGGUUUCCAGGAACAACAGGAGCCACUUACAUAGAUUAUUUAGUGACCGAUGAGUUUGUUUCACCUUUACGUUAUGCAAAUAUUUACUCUGAGAAGAUCGUUCACCUCCCACACUGUUACUUUGUUAAUGAUUAUAAGCAGAAAAAUUUGGAUGUGUUGGAUUCAAACUGCCAGCAUAAACGUUCAUAUUAUGGGUUACCUGAAGGGAAAUUCAUUUUUGCUUGCUUUAAUCAGUUGUACAAAAUGGAUCUAGAGAUCUUCUAA